AGAGAGAGAGAGAGAGAGAGAGAGAGAGAGAGAGAGAAAAGAGAAGGAGAACACAAAGUUCGCCGCGGCGGCGCGCGCGAGUAGAGGCUCAAUCUCGGCUCGGUAUCGAGGCUGCUGGCACCGCCGGCUCCCGUCGUCGUCGUCGUCGUCGUCGUCGCGCGAGACUCGCUCACAUCAUCGCUGCAGUGUCGAUCGUCGUUUCGCGUCGCGAGGACUGUGUUCGCGCGACGAGCUCUGUACUGACAGUUGUGCUGAUUUUUUCGGUUGUGCAAGGAACUAAGUAUCUGCUUUCUGUGCUUAUGAGAAGAGGAUUUUUGGAACUGGAGAGACGUUGCGAUUGUGGGGCUAUACGGAGAGGUGCUUCUAUUGCGAGUGAGGAGGACGAGGAUCUUUGUUCGCCGAGGAUUUUGUGUGAGCAGUUUUGAGGUUCGUCGCUCCAGCAAAGUGUGUAUAAAGAGCUCCCGAACGACUGAAUUUCCGGGAAAAAAGCGCAGCGCGCCACCGAAAGCCCUCAACUGAGCCCAAAGUGAGCCGCGAACAAAAGAAGAAGAUAUUGAAUCGAUCGAUCGAAGUCUCGGAGUCUAAAUCCGCAGGGGGCGGCUAAUCGCCACCGCCGGGCAGCUCGAAAAAGUGGAGGGUUCGCCGGCGUUUCUGGAGGACCUGAUAGCGGGCCAGCGAAGCGCCAAUGCCGCUGCAGCAGCCGCGGCAUUUAUGAACAACUACGCCGCCGCGGCAGCAGCAGCCGACAGGAGCAACAGGAUGGUGUCCCACGUCAUUCCCGUGUCGGGAGUCAGCUCCUCCUUCUCGUCGCCUAUGAAUAUCCACAACGAUCUCUAUCAUCAUUACGAGCUUCAGCAAGGCAAUGGAAGCCUCGGCAGCUCGGGCCUGGGCAGUGUUCAGGAUCCGGUUCACUCUUUAAAAAUAAAACAAGAGCCUUUCCAACUCACGCCCACGUCGUCGCUGCCUCCUAUGCAUCAAGUGAGCAGUUUCGUGUCGGACCAGUUGACGAGCAGCUGCAUGUCCUCGAGUCCCAAGGACCUGAACGUCUCGGUGGGUAGUUUGUCGCGCGACUCUUCCGUCGUGGUCAGUUCGAGUCUUCACGACCACCCUCCCCUGCAUCAUAGUCCCGACUCCGUAGUUUCCGGACCCACGAGCAGCAACGUUUCCCUGGGCUCCCAUCAGCAUCACAAUCGUUCGCUCACAGGGCCCACAAAGAGAAAGACCAACUCACCUCUGGACACAGGGCUCCUGGACACACCGACGAGCAACACAGACCCAAGCGACGGCAGUACCGACAUCGGCGGCUCGGUACAACUGGCCAGCAGCAGUAGCGGCAGCAACAACCACCACAGAUCGAGGUCGUCUCAGCACAGCAACGCGAAAUCGAUGCGCGUCUCGUCGGCCGACGCGAGUACCAGCAACGCCGGGACCACCAACACCUCUACCACGUCGAGUAUAACCACCUCGGGGGAGGCGAGCAAUUCCAGCGACACGAAACCACCCUACAGCUACGUUGCUCUCAUAACCAUGGCCAUAAAGAGCAGCAAGAUGCAGAAGCUCACGCUCAGCGAGAUCUACGCUUUCAUUCAGACGAACUUUCCGUUUUUCGAGAAGAACAAGAAGGGAUGGCAGAACUCCAUCAGGCAUAAUUUGAGCUUGAACGAGUGCUUCGUCAAAGUGCCGAGGGACGGUGGCGGUGAGCGCAAGGGGAAUUACUGGACUAUCCAUCCAGAGGCAGGUGAGAUGUUCGAGAACGGCAAUUGGCGACGGCGCAAGCGCAUGAAGCGGACCUACCGCAAUGCACCCUAUCCUAAGGGCUUAUACGGCGAGCCCUUCCAGUCGGCCCACGUGCACCUCGGAGCCGGAAGGACACUUUUCGCGCAUUCGCCACCAGCUUACUCUACCAACGCGUAUCCUCGUUACGAUACUGGCGCAUGGAGCUUGCAGCAGCAACCGCUUUCGUCUUACAGUCAUUGCCAGCUUCAGCAACAGCUGCCGAUGCAGUCGAUGCAGAUCCCGACGAUGAACGGCUACAGUCAGAUCAGCUCGUCCUUAGCCUUUCAAGGCAACUAUCUCGAUGUUCCAGGCAGUACGAGCGGCACGACGGCCUCGAUGAGCAGCAAUACCUACGCCGGCGGUUUUGCCGCGUGUGCCCGGCGGCACGAUCCUACGGCCAUGACCGUCAGCGAGGCAGUCUCCAGGUGUUCCUAUUGGCCUGAUAUGGUGAAGGAGGAUCCAAGUACCACGCCCGUAUCGCCGAGCAGCGUAAACGCAGUCGGCGUCUCCUCUAACAUGUACGGCUCGACGCCGCACUCGGCCGUCUCCUCGAUCGGCUAUUCGCCCGUCGACUUCGGCUUUUUGUCUGACAAAAUGAUGAGGGACCGUUAAAAUGAACGAAUUGCGAGCAACCGAUCAUCGAUGAGGAUCAACAUUUUUUUUACACAAAUGCAUCUUUUUUUUAAUUUUUUUUUUUUGUUCUUUUUUUAUCAUUUUUCUUUUCGAAAACUCGUAUACAUAUAGAUGUUCGUUCGUAGUUUUUUAAAAAAAAGGUUUAGCACCGAUGAAAGAGUUCACUUUUUAUGUUCUAUGAUACGUAACGUUUAAGGCCGAGCUUGAAUACCAAAAGAGACGCGUUUUAUUUAUGUAUCUUUUUUGCGAAGCGUUUUCGUCUCGUGCAUCGCUAAGAUUGCAUAUUAUGUUGUGUUUAUCGAUCGCGUCGUUCGUGUGUUGUUUAGCGCUAUAUUGUGACUGUUGGACAGUAUUCUACACGCCCGCUACAUUAAGUGCGUUUUUUUAAGCCUGAAUCUCGGAUGUGAGGAUUCCAAAUGAAUCGCUGCGAUGUAAAUUUUAAACGAUUGCGCGAGAAGUUUUUAGAAUCUCAUAUACAUUGUUAGUUAUUGUAGCAUUUUUGCUUUUCGAAAAUGAAGUAUAUGUGUACGUUUUUUAUGUUCUAAACAUUGUUAGUUCUCUUUUAAAAUUAAUCAUCGACUGUUAUUUUUUUAAUAUAAUUUUAGACUGAGGCUCUUAAUCGAUUCUGUAGCUGUCGAAUAUCAAGUUCUUUUUUUAUAUCAUUGGCGACUACUAAAAUUGACGGAUUUUAGUAUUUAACGAAUGUGUUAUAAAAUUGUUUCGAUAGUAGAAAAAAAAACGCAACACCAGGUGCGUGUGUAUGUAAAUAUUUUAUAUCCAUAGAGUAUAUGCAUUAAGGUCUUAGUUGUUUAUUGUAUCGAUUAUCUCUAGGCAGAUGCGAAAAAUCUCGAGACGUUAUUGUUGCUCUGCUGUCAGACAUCAGAAUCACAAAACUUUCUCUUUUACAUUAUGCUGUAACUUGCGAGAAUAAACAAAGAAUAUAUAUAAUAUAUAUUAAUAUAACCCCUGAAACGAGGCAGAUGAUUUGCUUGUCUUUCGAAAGAAACAAACGAAAACCUACCCGAGAUAAGUGAAAUAUUCGCUGUUAAAAAAAAAUAAAUAAUGUACUUAGAGCGAUUAAUAAAAAAAAUAGUUUAAUAUAAUUAUAUAGAGAGAAAAUAAUUAAAUAGUCAGUAUCAUCGAUGGAACUUUAGCAAUUUUUCUAUGUGCAACCUCGUUGCUCAUGAUGUUCUCUUAUAUUUUCUGUUUUUCUUUUCGCCCUUUCGCAAAAGAAGUUAUUGAGUAUGGGCAUUCAUCUCCGAAUGCACCUGUGCUCGAACGUCGUGUUUUAAGCGUAACGUUAUUCUGUCGAUGAUGUUUAUAUAGUGAAUUAAAGGGGUACUGAAUAAAAUUCUAUUAUUUAUCAUCCAGAGAA